UGUUUUGGUUUCAAGCUUGGAGGUUAUAAUUUUACAAACAAUAUUUUUGUAAGUACUAAAAUUAAUUGCACUUACAUAAUUGACAUCUCAUCAAAUUAUUUAAAACGUCUUUGAACGUUUCAAAUCAAUAAGUAGAAAUACAGAAAUACUAUUAUUCCAAUAGACAUUCAAAAAUUACAUUGAUGUAGUUUACUCCUAUUGGAAGAAUAAUAUUAAUUUCAUGUUUUUUGGAAGCUAAUUCACAUCCAAGGCAUAUCGAGAAACCCAAAUAAUUCCAGGUAAUGAUUGAAUAAAUCAUCUCAACUCUUCGCCAAAAUAAAAUUGGCUGUUGAUACAACAAUGGAGAAACAGAAGUCAACAUCAAAGAAGGAACUUUUGGAAAUUAUAAAAAAACAGGAAGAGGAUCUUUCAAAAUACAAGAAGAGGUUUCAAGAUGUGGUCGCUACCCUCAAGAGAACACUCAAAGAGAAAGAUGCUUUGGAAUCGAGUUUGAUGGUUAUGAGAAAUAACUCAAGCUCAGAUACAACUUCGGUGAAUUUGGAUUGCUCUAUAGAUGACAAUUCAUCAACUUCAUCCAAGGUUGAAGAUGUGCAUUCAGAAGAUGGCUCCAGUGCCAGUGCUAAUGAAAGCGUCGAUCAUUUGAAGGGGCAGUUGGCAACACUGAUGCAAUCCAUUGCCACUCUAUCAUCGGAGAAAUCUCGCAUGGAGGCCACUUUCCAAGCUGAUAGGAAGGCAUUGCGAGUUGAGAAGGAAGAGCAAGAAAAAACCCUGAAAGAUCUUCACAGAAAACUGGAAGAACAGGCUCAAUCACAUUCGACUGAGGUGGAAAAUUAUAAGACAAAACUGAUGUUGGAGAGGCGCCAGAGAGAGAAAGAACAUCAGGAUCAUGGAAUGAUGAUAAGAGAAUUGCAGAAACUGGUGGAAGAGGAGCGAAGUAAAAAGGAGAAUGCCCUGAAGAAUUACACCGACUGCAAACGUGAGCUGAUCGCUGCACAGAGUGUGGCCGAAGUCAGGGAGAAAGAGUUGAACAGUCAGCUGGAGAAUUUCAAGAGGCGUCUGAUGAAAGAGCAGGACAGUUCGGCGCCUCUUCUCUCCUCUCUCCAACAGGAAAUUAGCGCUAUGCGGGACCAACACUCGGUGGCCUUACAGAAGGAACAAGAACGGGCCAGUCAUGCAGAGAAUCAGACCAAGAAACUGGUGGCCAUGCAUGAGGAGCGUGUUGCCAACCUUGAAGCGCGGUUGGCAGAACUGUCCAACACGGUUGGUAACUAUGAUCGUGUAAAAGAGGAGGAUCAGUGUGCCAUUCGAAAAUUGAAGGAUAGACUUGCCCAGCUAGAGCUGGAUCACAAUGAUGAGACUGAAUUAGAAAAGGACGGAGAAACUUCUUUGGAUGUUGAAACAUUAGUAUCCAAAUUGAAACAUAUCAAAUCGUUGGUGGAUAAAUUCAAUGAGGAGUCCGAAAAUCCAGUUGAUGUUCAGGCUGUACUUUUCGGCGAUAAAGAACUGAUGAACCUCAACAAAUACGCGAGCUCAGACCAUUCUCUGUGUCUUGAAGAGUACCAAGCAUUGAAGAAUGAGUUCGAGGAGUACAAAAAGAUGGUUAAGAAGAACCCAGUUCCAUUUUCGCCGAGCAAAGAAGACACCGGAAAAGUGGAGAAACUAGAGAGAAAGCUGUCGAUUGUUAGUGAAAAAGCUAGAGAUCUUCAGGAUCAGCAAGUCUACACGAUCAAGCAUUAUGAGGAGCAGAUUCGUGACAUUCAUAAGGCCUUCGCAAAAGAGAAGGAAAAACUGCAAGAGACAAUAGCCAGCAAAGAGCAGGCACACAGAGUGCGCUUGGCCGACUUGGAGUCGCAGAUGCUGAAACAGAGAGAGAGGGCUUUCGGUCUGGUGCGAGACAAGGACGAAGAGAUCAACUCUCUCAAGGCCACCUUCCAAACACUUCUUCCAUCGACGGUUAGCAGUAAAAUCUCCGAUAAGGACCAGCCCAACGACACAACUGCAGUCACCCGUAAAACGUCGACAUCAAGCGACGUGUCGUUGGACGUGACGGCCGAGUCUCGGCCGAUGUUGCAUUACGUGCAGGAGCUAGCUCGCCUGCAGAUCGACGUAGCCCGUCUGCGCCGACAGAAACACGCGCUGGAGACGAGCCAGCGUGACUUGCAACUCAAGGCCGCCGAAGAGAAGGAGGCAUUCCUCGCGCAGACUGCUAUCCUCAUGGCUUCUGUGGCUAGACUGGAGCGUUGCCAAACAAGAGAAGGAGCCAACCUCGAGUACCUGAAAAACGUGGUACUCAGCUACUUGCUGAACACUGACGAGAACCGAAGGAGUCACAUGCUCAAUGCAAUUGCCACCGUACUGCAGUUCAGUGAUCAAGAAAAGAUUUCUGUGAUACAAGCGAUGAAUCAAAAGAUGAAAGUCCUGUCCUAGUAUUAAUAUUCAAGUGCAUUGAGCUGUAAAAACAUCUAGAGGUAACACAGAUCAUGGUUGACGUGUUGAAGAUAAUUUUUUUUGUAACUAGAAUUUUCAAUUAAUAUGCCAACAACUUAGUAGAGAUUCUUUCUUUUUUCAUUCUUUUUUGAGCUUCCAGGGGCCUAUUUCACAAAGGUACAAGUAUUGUUACCAAUCAUGGUUACGAACAAGUACUUGUAGCUACAAGUUUACAAGUACUCACGUUUCACAAAAAUUUUUUGUGGCGUGCGUGGCGAGCAUGACAGUGCUCUCCAGUAUCGCUGCCACCACCAGGUUUUUAGGGUCCUGGGCCCUGCUACUUUUAUAGGAUAAUAUUAUUAAAUAAAUACGCAAAUUCACCAAAACAAUCUCACUCUAUUGAAAAAAUCCCAUAACAAACAUCUAUACUCUCUCUAAACAUAAUCACUCCUCAAUCACAUUACAAAAAACUACAUCUCACUAUCUCACGCACAACCUUCCUAUAGCGCAUCUCGGAACGUUCUCCCUCUAGUUUCGCCUCUACGCGGUCAUCACUCUCUCAGCUCACCAGUUCAAAAGUCCAAUUUGGUGGCCUGAGUGAUGACUCCGCUAUUCUAAUAAUUAAUAACCUAUGAGAGCGGGGUGUUUGAAUUGUUACAUUAUGAUCUACAAGUUUACAAU